AUGACGACGGCGAUCGAACCUCAGUCACUGGAAAAGCUCAGUCUCAAAUCUGUAAAACGAGCUCUUGAUCUUUUCUCCCCCGUCCAUGACCAGUUCGCUCCGCCUGAUCUCGAAAGUAAAAAAGUUCGUCUCUGCCAUAAGAUCAUCUUCCUCAGCAACUCGCUGACUUUCUUCGAUCGAUUGUUUGAGCUUUGUGUAGCGUAUUACAUUCAAGUUGCAUUCGGAGGCGGGUCUAAGCCUACACGUAGAGCUGACCAUAACAAUGAACAUAUAGCUCCAUCGAAUGCCCUUUCCCUUCCAGAAGGUUCCAAGGGCGCAACAGAGAAAGCUUUGGUUGUUGGUCAAACUUUACCUCCAAGAAACUUAAAUCUGUCAACUUCUUCUUUAACGGAAAGAACACCUAGUAGAUGGCCCCGUCCAGUGUGGCAUGCGCCAUGGAAGAAUUACAGGGUGAUCCAGGGACACUUGGGCUGGGUUAGAUCUGUUGCCUUUGACCCAAGUAAUGAAUGGUUUUGCACUGGUUCUGCUGAUCGUACCAUUAAGAUAUGGGAUGUAGCGUCUGGAGUUCUGAAGCUCACACUUACUGGACACACUGGGCAAGUACGAGGCCUUGCUGUAAGCAACAGACAUACCUAUAUGUUCUCUGCUGGUGAUGACAAGCAAGUCAACUGCUGGGACCUUGAGCAGAACAAGGUUAUCCGAUCUUACCAUGGUCAUUUGAGUGGUGUCUACUGUUUAGCACUUCAUCCAACUCUGGACGUUUUACUAACCGGAGGGGGAGACUCUUUCUGCAGGGUAUGGGAUAUCCGUACGAAGAUGCAAAUUUUUGCACUCUCGGGACAUGGAGAAGGCGUUUGUUCCGUUGUCACCCGUCCAACUGAUCCACAAGUUAUCACUGGAUCUCAUGAUUCAACCAUUAAAUUUUGGGACCUCCGAUAUGGUAGAACAAUGACAACCCUAACGGAUCAUAAGAAAGCUGUCCGAGCAAUGGCUCUCCUUCCGAAAGAGAAUGCUUUUGUUUCCGCAUCAGCUGACAACACCAAGAAAUUUAGCCUACCUAAGGGAGAAUUAUGCCACAAUAUGCUCUCACAGCAAAGAGCCACAAUAAACGCAGUGGCUGUGAACGAGGAUGGUGUAAUGGUCACUGGAGGUGAUAAUGGAAGCUUAUGGUUCUGGGACUGGAAGAGUGGUCACAAUUUCCAACAGGCAGAAACUAUUGUACAGCCUGGUUCGCUGGAGUGUGAAGCUGGUAUAUAUGCAGCGUGUUACGAUCAGACGGGUUCAAGGCUGGUAACGUGUGAAGCAGACAAGACAAUAAAGAUGUGGAAGGAAGACGAGAAUGCAACUCCUGAAACUCAUCCUCUCAACUUCAGACCUCCCAAAGAUAUCAGACGCCACUAA